AUGAACAAGCACCGAGCACAACACAAAGAAGCGCAAGGUCAGUGCGAUACUGGUCCAUGCUCGAAAAAAGCAGCAGAUGGAGUGGUUAAUGAGAAGCCUGAAAGUGAGGGUGUAUCCAAAUGCAAAGCAGGACCUAAUGAAGAGGUCGAUGUGGUGUGCCAGGCCUUUAUAGCAAAGGUUCCAUACAAUGUGUUGGAUGAAGCAAUAAAGGAGGCAAUCCAAUCUCAAGGUCUUAUUCAUUCAAGGAAUCAGGAGGCACGAGCGGCAGGGCAGCAACCAUAUCAUCAACUCUCGUUUCGCAGUCGUAAGGCGCCUCGCCAGACUAUCACGAUUCGCAAGUAG